AUGUCGCCGGACGACGAACCAAACAACCAACGUGACGAACAGGUGACAAACAUGGACGUCCGUCAACCGUUUAGCAGGUCGCGGAGCAACACCAUAGUGUCGGCGGACGUGCAAAACGGUUACCACUGGCUCGAGGGCUGCUAUGAGCACAUCUUCACUUGCAUGACCCUCCUCAAGCACGCCCAACAUACAAAGGGUGGCCUCCACAUCGGCUGGCUAGACAUUCGGGAUGCCUUCGGCUCCGUUUCACACCAGCUGCUGACGCACAUCCUGAAGGAGAUCGGCCCCUCCCCAGAGCAAGCACUGGGCGUCUUCAGAGACAUGUACGAGGACGUCUCCUUCGCAGUCGACACCGACGGCGCAAGCACGGGCGAGAUUCCGUUGAAGGCGGGGGGUUAA